AUGACUGAAACAUCAGAAGAACGCCGUAAAAGACUUAACCGCGAACGUCAGCAACGAUAUCGUAAGAAAUUACAACAAACAAGUGGUACAAAUAGUACAGAGAUAGCUUGUAAUACACCUACAAGAGAAGAAGAAUUCAGAGCAACAAAAGAAGCAGCAAGACAAAGAAAUGAAGUUGAAGUUUCACAUCAACAAAUAUCACGAAAAGAGAAGGAAAGAGAGAGACUCCUUUCCUGUAACAGCACUUUUGAAGAAGUUGCUUCUCGAAAUGAAUCGCCUGCUCUCAAUCCUUCUGUUCUUGCUAG